AUGAAGAGGCAAAGCAAACGUCGAUCAAAAUAUUCCUAUCAUCGUCGAUUCCCGCUAAAGUCGGAGCCUACUGAAGAGCUCUCGUCACCUUGUGACUCUGUUGCAAGCGAGCAGGAUAGCUCUGAUGAUGAAUCGUCUGGUAUUCCUGCUUGGGCAGACACUAACAAGCAGAGCUUGGUUACGGGAAUUUAUUGCAGCGCAGAUGACGCGAGUUAUCACUUUGGAGCGGCCACCCCAUGCAACUCAAGUGAUGAUGAAAAUCUUGUGUGUAGCCCGUUCACACCUAUCAAGGUGGUCUCGCCAUGUACGAACUGCUCUUGGCCUAGCGCGCCAGCAGAACAAAUCCCAGAGGAUGUUUUCAAUCAAAUCUUCCAACCCAGCAGCACAUCCCGAGUGCCACCAACGGCUAGUCAAGAGGAGCGCCAGCGUGAUUAUAAUUGCUACUACAACCCCACAUUACGGGAAGACCCUUACUAUAUGUCCUACCAUAGUAGGCGGUUUGGAGAGAAGCGCCGUUCAAGUUAUCCCCCUAGCAUCAAAAUACCUGCAAGUCCGGAGCAGCCGGGCAGCCAGGAGACCAUUCCCGCCACAACAUCGCCUCCUCCCGAACUUGAAGAACAUCGGAGGCGAAUUCCUGAAGCAGAUCCCACCGUGACCAUGACACGAACGACAGGAGAAUUUGACUCGAAGGAUAAGCCCGAUGUCCAGGUCCGCUCAAAGAGACGGUCAAGAAAGUUAAAAGGAAGUAUUGAAUGGCCUGAUCUGGAUUUGCUAGACAUGGCAUAUCUGUCUACGACUAUGGGGGAAGAAAUGGAAGCCAGAGUAUCCCCAUGUCGCGUUACACCCAUAUGCGAUAGUGACUCGGAUGAUGAGUUGGAGGAACAGAUCGCGUCACUCGAUGUUGAUGAAACGAGAGCCAUUGGGGAGGGUCCAUCCGGAUUGGGCCAGUUCCUUAGUCAAUAUGAGACCCAUCUUGGCCAAGGGCCAUCUUUUGAUGCGAUGGAUGUGGAUGAAUCAGUUGGUGGCGUUACAUCCGAUAACAUCAACCUGUUGUCUCCACCAGCAAGCAAUGAAAGGCCUGAG